CAGCCUACGCCACCGCGGCGCAUAGUAGCAUCGCGUGCUACUCUUUACUGUCAAUCAAACCUUUCAUGAAAAGGAAACAAAUUGAUUAAGAUUUGCGCAAUUCGCUUCGAGCGUUACUUGAAUUCGCUCCACUUUAUGCCGCGCUUCGAUGCUCGAAGCAGUAUCUUUGGCUGUUUUCUCUUUCAAAAUUUAAGAUUCUGAAGAAUGAGGGCAUCAAACGAAGCUUCCACCAGCAUUGAGCUGGCGAACAGUUUAUUUCGAGGCCGAUCUGAGGUGGCACUUGAUUUAAUUGCUGCGGUCAAGGGACUGCAUGAGCUUAGUCCUCAACAGCUUGGCAAACUAAUCAAAGAUUCUGGGAACAAUGUGGUCAGGCACAUUGCUGAGGAUGGAUCGUGUAUACAGGUUGACUUGGAAAAAUUUGCAAGGUGUCUGCCUCUUCAUCUUAUUGCAGUGAUUAUGGCUUGGGAAAGGGACAAAUCAACAUUCAAGUAUUUGUUAUGUGGAAUUCUUCUCUUGCAUUCCAUGUGUGAUCUUGCCUCUCGGGUGCCCAAAAUUGAGCAGAUAUUGCUUGAUGAUGUGAAGAUAUCAGAACAGCUAAUUGACCUGGUCUUUUAUCUGCUAGUUCUCCUUGGUGCAUACAAACAGGAAACUCACACCAUUCCCAAUGACAUGGUUCUUCUUCAUUCAGCUCUGGUUGCUUGCAGUCUAAAAUUGUUGACGGUCAUUGUUUCACCACAGUACCAAGAGGUUGCUCAAGUUUUGACUGCAUAUUACAAGGUGGACAUAUUCAUGGAGGCUGCGUUCUCUGCUGUUUGUGUUGAUGUCAAGUUUCUGCAGACCAAACUGUCUGCUCAACAUGGUGAUUCAUCUGGAAGUGCUUCCCCUACUGCUGAAGAGACCUUGAAUCACCUUUGCCAGCAGUGUGAUUCUUCUCUUCAAUUUUUACAGUCCCUGUGUCAGCAAAAGUUGUUUCGGGAAUGCGUUGUUAAGAACAAGGAGUUAUGUGGCAAUGGUGGUGUUCUUGUUCUGGUUCAGGCCGUCAUGAACUUGAAGUUAUCAGGCUCAGACAAUACCUCCUCGUACAUGGCUGCUACCUCUCGUCUAAAGUCUAAAGCUUUAUCUAUUCUUUUGCACCUUUGUGAAGCAGAAAGUGUAUCCUACCUUGAUGAGGUGGCCAGCAAUACUGCUAGUCAGGAUUUGGCAAAGUCUGUCGGACUCGAGGUUCUUGACUUGCUGAAAAAACUGUUUGGUAUAGAUUCCACACAGUUAAAUGCUCCCUUUGAGGUAAGCUACCCAAAGGGGCAACUGGAACUUAAUGCAAUGCGCCUGGCAGAUGUUUUCUCAGAUGAUUCAAACUUUCGAUCAUUCAUCAUGAUAAAUUUUAGGGAAGCUUUAGCGGCAAUUUUUCUACUCCCUCAUGGAGAGUUUGUAUCUGGCUGGUGCUCAUCUGAUCUUCUAGUUUCUGAAGAGGAUGCACCAUUAGAUGUUCCUCGGUCGUCUUAUGCCCAUCAGAGAACGUCUUUGUUGAUUAAAGUGAUUGCAAACCUUCAUUGCUUUAAUCCUGAUGUAUGCCAGGACGAGAAAGAUCUGUUUCUCAACAAGUUCAUUCAGUUCAUACAGAAGGACUAUCAGAAAAUGUCAGAUGGAUCCCUCUCUACUUCCGAAGCUGACAAAGUUUCCACUGUUAGCAAGAACUUAUGUUCACUGUUAAGUCAUGCAGAAUCUUUAGUUCCAGAAUUUUUGAACGAAGAUGAUGUACAACUGCUGAGGUUAUUUAUAAGUCAGUUUGAGUCACGGAUUGUUCGUGCUGCAUCUGAAGAUCAUCUGGUCCAUGAUGAGAAAAAUGCAAUGGUGUAUUCUUUACCCUUACACAAAGAAAUAAGCCCAGGUCAUGAAAAUAAUGUUGUCAACAUGGGACAGGGCACACUGGACCUUGGUUUCCGAGAAGUGGAUCAAUUUGAUGCGACCAGGAAUGGGGAUGAGCAAUUUUUUGAUAGGAAGAACUCUGGGAUGAUGGAGCAGGACAAAUCCAAUGGGCCCUCUGUAAAUUCGCGAGAUAAUGAGAAAGAUGCUCGAGCUUUUGAUACUAGUGGGUCAGAUUCCAGCCCCACUCGAGGAAAGACCCACUUUGAUCAAAUGGGUGUUGAUCGUAUCAAGCAACAUAGCUUUGACGAAACUGCUGAAGAGGAAAAGAUCGAUCCUAUACAUUCUGAAGAGAAGCAGCAAAGGAAACGCAAGAGAACUGUAAUGAAUGAUAAACAGAUAGCUCUUAUUGAAUCUGCACUUAUAGAUGAACCUGAUAUGCACCGCAAUGCACCUGUACUACGGUUGUGGGCUGAUAAAUUGAGUAUUCAUGGUGCCGAGGUUACAACUUCAAGGCUAAAAAAUUGGCUGAAUAAUCGGAAAGCUAGGCUGGCACGUGCAGCUAAAGAUGUUCGUGUGUCAUAUGAUGGAGACAGUGCAGACAGACUAGGAAUCUCUGGGCAUCUUGACUCACCCCGUAGCUCUAUGGAUGAUACCCAUAUCUCAUUUUCUGCAAGAGGGAACAUUGCUGAUGAGGUUACCAACAUUGCAGUGGUAGCUAAUGAUGACGAAAACUUGGGGACUUCAUGUGCUGCACCUAUGGAUAUUGAGGUUACAGACAUUGAAGUGGUAGCUAAAGCGGACGAAGGUUUGGGGACUUCACGUGCUGCACCUAGGGAUAUUGCAACACCAAGCUUGCCCUUUGGACUGGGGCAAUAUGUAAUGCUUGUUGACGAGAGACGGGGGGAGGUUGGGAAAGGUGCAGUGUUUCAAAUUAGUGGACAAUGGUGUGGGAAUAGCUUGUAUAAAUCCGGCAUGUGCGUUGUGGACAUCAAGGAGCUCUCAGUCGACAAAAGUUCCAAUGUUCUACACCCUGUGGAGGGCACAUGCGACUCAUUUUAUCAGACUGAAAAAAGAUUUGGUUUGAUACGAGUCUUGUGGGAUAUAAACAAACUCUUUCUCUACUUUCAGCCCGGGGAAUACGUGAUGCUUCGAGGCGAUAAACAACAGGAGAUUGGGAAAGGCAUGGUUUUUCAAGUACGUGGAUAUUGGAAUGGGGUGGAUUUGGAGCAAUCUGGGGUGUGCGUAGUUGACAUCAAGAAAUUAUCAAUCGAUAGAUUUGCUGACCUUCCGCAUCCAGUGGAAGCAACGGGCAACUCGUUCUAUCAGUCUCAGAAAAGGAAUGGUGUGAUGAGAGUUCUGUGGGAUUCAAACAAACUCUCCCGGUUGCAACCUUAGUGAUUCAAAUGGGCUCGAGCUUGUUAGCAUCUGUUGGAGUUCAUUUUGUUCAUCAAGUUCGAAAUUUGAAGGCAAGCAAAUGUAGUAACUGUAACUAUUGUGCUGCUGCUGCUGCUAGUAGUAUAACAUGGGGAAUAUUUUGUUGUUGUUAGAGAUGACCGCUUCAGUGUAUUCUAAUUCUCAACUAAAUUCUACUACUAUGAUUUUUGUCCAACUUCUGCUGACUUACUCUUAUUAAAAAUCAAUAUGGGUUUCGAAUCAUGCUUA